UUAUUCAGAAAGCCUAUAGGAAGCGCCGGGAGACUCAGCCAUGAGGCGGAGAGUUGUUUACAGUGAUUUUUUUUUACAGUCACUGCAUUGAAAGUGCUGUAAUCAAGUAAAGAAAUCGUUUGGAUUCGGAGUAAAGCGGCGUUUGCGCAUCUCUGUCAGAUGAUUUGAUGUAACAGUCUGUGAUCGAUGGCACAUGCAUGCAGGACCAAGCGAGAUAUUUAGACGAGUAGAGGAGCCGGAUUUGCAAGGAUUGUGGUAAAACAUGUCUGAGGAGGUUAGCAGAGUAAAAUUCAGCUGAGGCUCUGAGUCCAUAUGGGCUUUUUAGAGCACUCCGAGAAACACUGACGUUGAAGUUGCAUGGGGCUAUUUUCUCCUCUGCGAGCGGAUAUAACCAAGGUUGGCAAGAAUUACACCAAAGCAUAUAAAAACAUCUUCCUUCUUUGUCCAAAGGAGAAGGUCAGAAUUGGAACCUGCUUGGUCAAUUGUUUAAGAUGUCACUAUAGGAAAGACUGUGGCAGGGAGUACAUGUUGAUGAAACUUAUUUGUUCAGUGAGCUCAAACCAGAGCAGUCAUGCUCACGAGUACCCAGACUGCCAAGAAGGGGGUAAUGAAGCCAGCCUGCUGGUGUCCCCUCUGGUGGUGGCUGGCAUCGUCAUCGGCCUGGUGCUCUUCCUCUCCUGCGUCACCAUCAUUGUGGGCAGUCUGCGCAAAGACAGCCGCCUGCGCAACCCCCACCUGCGCGCCAGCUACGCUCCAGAUGGCCUCUCAUAUGGUGGCUCCAUUGGAGAGCUGAGGUCCACUUGUGUUGAGGACUUUCCCCCUGCAUUUGACUUUGACUCCUACGUGGAGACGCUGUCUCAAGUCAACGUCGUGUACCCAGACUCCCCGCCUCAUUACGAUGAAUGUGUGGGUCAAGGGACGCAGAUAUAUGUUCCUGCGGAUGAUCCGCCCCCCUACUCCCUCACAGACCCAUGCCGGGAGCAUCCCGCCCCACGCCGUCACAGAGAGAUGGAGGAUCUGCUCGCUGGGGCUUCUUGGGUGUCAGCAAGUGGCUCUUCCCAUUACCCAGCCAGACUACAGGACUUCAGGCACCAGCCAGUCGCCUCCAUCUCUUUGUCAGCCUUACCUUUCGAUGAGGCGCCCCCAUAUGAGGCAGUAGUGAGUGAACAAAACCAGCCCCUUCCUCUGAUGCCCCUGGAUCUGCUCAAACACACUACAGCGGACAGCAGUCCACAGGACAGCGUUUCUCACAGGAUCUUGUAAUCCUGUCCUCCCCGGCAUGCUCAUGCAUCACCUGUACCAAACCAGCUUUGAGAGGGAUUCUUUUGUGUGGCUGGGGUCUCCUGAGUCAAGAGCUGAAACAGACACCUGCUGAAGCCCACAGUUACCUCUGACUUCAGCCGACACAGAUACUGUACCUCAUGUUUUAUGUGACACUGCGGGAGCCACCACAAGAGCACAGGGCUAUCCAUCACUUUUUUGAGCAACACCUCACCUUGUCUUUUGCUUAUGGUAUAAUUAGAUGGCAAUGUGUGGUAGACUGAUAUUCUGAAUUCAAGCAUCACAGCUAAUUUCAACCACCGUGGAAAUGUUCCCUUCUGGAUGCCUGGAAAGAGCAGACAGCUCCUCAAUAAACCUGGGACCAUAAUAGACAAAAUUUUCAUAGGAAUAGAAAUGUAGGUUUCUUUUUGAAAAUGUGUUCCUGACUUAAUAGAAAUUGAAUGACAUCAGAAAAUCAAUGUGCUUUUAAUCCAUACUUUUUUUUACCCUUGAUUUCAUUUCUUUGCUCCUCUACAUCAGUGGUUCUCUACCAGAGGGCCAGGGCUCAUUAGGGGCCUUAACCAAACCUCCUGAAAGUCUUAAAAUCAUUGAAAUUUAGUUAUAUUAAUAUCAUCUUAAUGGAAUAGUUCACCCUGAAAACAGAUUUGGAGAAAUUUAGCAUCACGUCGCUUGCUUACCAAUGGAUCCUCUCAAGUGAAUGGGUGCUGUCAGAAUGAGAGUCCAAACAGCAAACUUCAGAUCCAUUGGAGAGCAAGUGAUGUAAUGCUACAUUUCUCCACAUUUAGGAUGGCCUUAUGGCAGGGGUGUCUAAACCUGUUCCUGGAGUUUAGCUCCAACUCUAAUCGAACACACCUUGGAGUCAAAACUGUUUUUCUGAACCACUGUUUUACAUCUAUUUCCCAGAUCACUGUGAUUUAUUUAUAUUUCCUUCUGUUUGUAGAGACGGCUGUUUUCCUAAAGUCUCAAACGCAUCUGGAGAUCCUAUUAGGAGAACAGCAGAUGUGUGAGAAGUGAUAUCAAUGCAUAUGACAAUACAAGCUAUAAUUAGAAAGGGCUGUAGGGAACACUUUGCCAAAGGGUGUAAAACAAUGGUCUAUUGUUCUCCUGAACUGCAUUGAUGCUGUGUACAUUAUAACAUAACAUAAGAGCUGAGACUGGUGUCCAAGCAGCUCAACUGCACAGCCUUUGUAGGGCUGACGUCAGUGUGAAGUAAAACAUAAUAUAGUUAUUGCUGGACACCUUGUGCUUCCUAAACAUUUAUGUAUCAGAUUUGUUUCCUUUUUUGCUCUAACAUUGCCCACUUCAUUCAUCUGAACACAAAGGCUUCCCACAUGCAUGUUUCUAAUACACAACGUGCCUAUUAAUCACCAUGACUGUUAGAUCAACAUGCUGAAGUGAAGAAACUUUCAUUUCAAAAGAUGUGUGUGUGUGUGUGUAUAUAUAUGUAUACACACACACACACACAUUUAAAACCUGCCCAGAAAUGACACUGCAUGACACCUCACCUCUAUUCUCACAACUUCCCACGAAUCACAAAAGUAUAUACUUAUAGAAAAGGGUCUGUACGGGAUUUUUCAAUUAAAUUUGAUGCAUGAAUGCGUUUCUUGUGUAGCUCAAAGAAGAAAUGAUUAUUAAAUGUCCCAUUCUUUAUUGAUGUCAACUUUGGACUUACAUAUUCUAUAAAUUUUUGACUUCCACUAAUGUUUAGUAAGAAAGUUGAUACUCAUCAACUAUGAAGAAAGGCAACUUUUUUCUAUAACAACAGAUCUGAAGUAGCAUUACAAGAUUAUUUUGUAGAUGUCGAGCGCGUCUCGGUCUGCUCAUAUAGCUCUGUAAAAGCGUGAGCUGUAUCACCUUAGAUGAAGAAAUGGUCCAGAUGUUCUGUGAUGUAAUGAGUAGAGGUGUAUUAGCUGUUGCCACCGGACUGUAAUAAUAAUACUGUGUCUGUAAACCCUUGACUUUAAUUGAAUAGUUCACCCAAAUCUGAAAAUUAGAAGAAAUCGUACCCUCAUGCCAUCCAAGAUGUAGUCAGAGUUUGCUUCUUCAUCGGAACAGAUGUGGAGAAAUUUAACAUCAUGUCACUUGCUCAUCAGUGGAUCCUCUGCAGUGAAUGGGUGCCGUCAGAAUGAGAGUCUGAUGAAACAGCUGAUAAACACAUCACAAUAAUCAAUAAGUAAUCAACAUGACUCCAGUCUGUCAAUUAACAUAGUGAAAAGCUGCAUGUUUGGACAAAUCCAUCAAGGCAUUUUAACUUUAAACUGUCGCUUCUGGCCGAAAUAAUGUAUAAUCCAUAACAACGCUGAAAAAGUAUAUACCUUGAUGUCCUUUCACAUCAAAAUCCACUGACAUAUUUGCUUAGACCUGUUUUGGUUUGUUUCCACUUGUAAAUGGUGCAGACUUCCCUGAAAUCAUAUGGAUAGAAGACUCGUGUUUUAGUCAGAAGGAACAGAUUGAAAUUAAAAACGUUUUGAUGGAUUUUGUUUAGUCCAAACAUACAGCUUUUUGCUUCACGAGAUCAUUAAUCAAUCAGCUGGAGUCGUGUGGAUGCUGAAUAUGUCUGAAUGGUGAAAUUCUUCAAAUUUGUUCGGAUAUGAAGUAACACCCUCAGGCCAUUCAAGAUACAGGUGAAUUUGAGCUGAUUUUCAUUUUUGGGUAAACUUUUCCUUUAAGUCACACUUGUUAGCAAGGAUGUAUCAAUUAUGUAUGCACAUACAGAUGGAAUGAACACACAAAGAACUUAAAAGAAUAUAUAUAUUAAAAAAAUCCCUAAUGAUGAUCUAUUUCCCAUUGGUCACAUAGUAUUUCUCUUCUUUUGUUUUUAGGGUUUUGUGUAUUUUAGCUGCAUCUAGUGAGCUGAUGUUCAGGAAAAUCACUGGCUUACAUUUGUGCGCUAAACUAUUUUCAUUAGUUUCAUUAGACCACGUGGAUGUGUUUCUUACACCAGAAUAGCACCUUAGCUUCCAAGCCCAUUGUAAAUGUCACAUCUCAAAUGUGUUCUUUCUCUGUCACUAUGUUGUGGUUGGUUGUCCGAAGUGAUAAUCUUGUUUCAUAGAGCUGCAGAUAUUAAUGUGCGUUUUGUAUUAAAGUCUUUAUUCCUUUACCACUGUAUCAUCUAAAUAAAUAAAAACACAAGACUUC